GUGUGGGGCACUCUCCGAAGCAACCGAAUAUUUUCGCGCAGUUGGAAUCGUGAAGAAGUCUCGAAAACAUCUCGGAAGUCUCCGAAACUUUCUUUAGAAUUUUUGGUGUUUGAUUAAAAAAAAAUUUUCUUGCUCUUUGGUGCUUUGAGUUCUCUUGUCAAAUGUUAAAAUGUCCUGGAAGAAGGAUUUAUUGGUGCUAGUGGGGUUCCUGUGUAGUUUUUGUGCAGCACACAACGAUUCAUUGCUUCCAGCCAAUCCUGCCAUUGAGGAUCCUUUGGCGUGUCAUCACGACAGAGAAUGUCCUCUGGGGGAGUUUUGCUCAAUACAGGAUGAUGAUGACGUGGGGGUGUGCGAAUCCUGCGGUAGCCCCCUUAUGACGUAUAACUACGAAGAGAAGAGCUGUGUUUACUGCCCAAUUUUCAGAAGCAAAUGCUACAACAACUGCUGCUACCUCGUCGACGGCUAUCCAGGCUAUGAGAUUCGGUGCAUUGAAGGGAUGUGCAUGCGAUGCCAUAAAUCCGACGUGGAAUCCCACUACUGCACGCUCCAGAGCUACCAGGAUAUCUCAGCUAAAUUCAUCGUGGCCUUUGGGAUUGUCUUCACCGUCGCCUUCGCGUCUAUUGUCAUCUACCGAUGGAGCUUUCGUGGAAGGAGGCAGAGCUUCACAGAGAGACGCUGCAGCUGGCAGAGUACGAACUCUGUGUCUCCGGUGCAACAGAGAACGCUGGAAUUGCUUCAGGAUCGUCCACCUGAGUACCAGACGCGUCACAACUAUCGCCAUCAGCAGGAGAUGAAGGCAAAAACUGCUCCAGAAACUCCUGAAAUGACCCCAACGGUGAUGGUCACGCUGGCGCCACCUCCCUACCCAGGCUCAGAGCCCACAAGUGAGGGGACGUCAGACAACGUUCAGCCACCACCGUACAGUCCAACGGAGGGCACAACCGAAAAAACCCUCCACAUUUGAACUUAUAAAUUUCUCUGUGAUGAUCAUCUUCUCUCUCACUCGCAUUGGAGUCACAAAAAAAACUCAAUAAAUUUGAUAUCACUUUAAGCUUA